CCACUGCCGCCUUUAUUAUUUGAAGGAGAGUUUCCAAUCCCAGUCAAAUGGUGGUGCUAGUUCUUUAUUCUUGAGUUUCUGCAUUUCCUAAUUUCAUGGUCACAACAGCCUCAGAACGGCUUCUACCAAAACUGAAAAUGCAGGCUCCCUGCUCAGCAGCUCUGUGACGGGCAGCAAAGGUUAAGGCCCCUUCUGCUGCCCUCUCUAGCACAAGAAGACAGUCUCUGAGUGACUUUCUUCUCCUCAAAGAUGAACAGAGAGAAGGUGAUACUGCACCACUCAGCAGGAAGAACAUUACUCAUACUGGUUGGAUGGUCUUUUCCUCUAGAUCACCCAGCCUGCACAAAGUGGCCCACCGGCUGCUAAGCCCUCUGUCGCCCAGGGAGACAGUCUGCGCCUUGCCCCGCGGUCACCGACCAUGACCAUGACUCUCCACACCAAAGCAUCAGGAAUGGCCUUGCUGCACCAGAUCCAAGGGAGCGAGCUGGAGCCCCUAAACCGCCCGCAGCUCAAGAUACCCUUGGAGCGGCCCCUGGGUGAGGUGUACGUGGACAGCAGCAAGCCCGCGGUGUUCAACUACCCCGAGGGCGCCGCGUACGAGUUCAACGCCUCCGCCGCCUCCGCGCCGGUCUACGGCCAGUCGGGCAUCGCCUACGGCCCCGGGUCGGAGGCGACGUUCGGCGCCAACAACCUCGGGGGCUUCCCCCAGCUCAACAGCGUGUCUCCGAGCCCGCUGAUGCUGCUGCACCCGCCGCCGCAGCUAUCGCCCUUCCUGCACCCCCACGGCCAACAGGUGCCCUAUUACCUGGAGAACGAGCCCAGCACCUACGCGGUGCGCGAGGCCGGCCCGCCCGCGUUCUACAGGCCAAAUUCAGAUAAUCGUCGCCAGAGUGGCAGAGAGAGAUUGACCAGUAACAGUGACAAGGGAAGCCUGGCCUUGGAAUCUGCCAAGGAGACUCGCUACUGUGCAGUAUGCAAUGACUAUGCCUCUGGCUACCACUAUGGAGUCUGGUCCUGUGAGGGUUGUAAGGCUUUCUUCAAGAGGAGUAUUCAAGGGCAUAAUGACUACAUGUGUCCAGCUACCAACCAGUGCACGAUUGAUAAAAACAGGAGGAAGAGCUGCCAGGCCUGCCGGCUCCGCAAAUGCUAUGAAGUGGGGAUGAUGAAAGGUGGGAUACGGAAAGACCGAAGAGGAGGAAGAAUGUUGAAACACAAGCGUCAGAGAGAUGAUGGGGAAGGCAGGAAUGAAAUAGGACCCUCUGGAGAAAUGAGAGCUGCCAACCUUUGGCCAAGCCCCCUCAUUAUUAAACACACUAAGAAGAACAGCCCUGCCUUGUCCUUGACAGCUGAUCAGAUGGUCAGUGCCUUGCUGGACGCUGAGCCCCCCCUAAUCUACUCUGAGUACGAUCCUACCAGACCCUUCAGCGAGGCCUCCAUGAUGGGCUUGCUGACCAACCUGGCAGACAGGGAGCUGGUUCACAUGAUCAACUGGGCCAAAAGGGUGCCAGGCUUUGGGGAUUUGAACCUCCACGAUCAGGUCCAUCUUCUGGAAUGUGCCUGGCUAGAGAUCCUAAUGAUUGGUCUUGUCUGGCGCUCCAUGGAGCACCCAGGGAAGCUACUCUUUGCUCCCAACUUGCUCCUGGACAGGAAUCAGGGUAAAUGUGUAGAGGGCAUGGUGGAGAUCUUUGACAUGUUGCUGGCUACGUCGACCCGGUUCCGUAUGAUGAAUCUGCAGGGAGAGGAAUUUGUGUGCCUCAAAUCUAUCAUUUUGCUUAAUUCUGGAGUAUACACAUUUCUGUCCAGCACCCUGAAGUCUCUGGAAGAAAAGGACCAUAUCCACCGGGUCCUUGACAAGAUCACAGACACCUUGAUCCACCUGAUGGCCAAGGCAGGCCUGACCCUACAGCAGCAGCACCGGCGCCUGGCCCAGCUCCUGCUCAUCCUCUCCCACAUCCGGCACAUGAGCAACAAGGGCAUGGAGCAUCUGUACAGCAUGAAGUGCAAGAACGUGGUGCCCCUGUACGACCUGCUGCUGGAGAUGCUGGAUGCCCACCGCCUGCACGCCCCAGCCAGCCGUGGAGGAGGGUCCCCAGAGGAGUCUAGCCAGAGCCUGCUGGCCACCACGGGCUCCACUUCAGCACAUUCCUUGCAGACAUACUACAUCCCCCAGGAAGCAGAGGGUUUCCCCAACACAAUGUGAGAGCUCUCGGCCUCUCCCAAAGCUCUGAGAAUCCCUGCAGCUUUUUACCCAAGCCAAGCAUCACUUUAGCGGAAUUCUGUCUCCUGCACACACCAGGCAUGCAUCCACCACCAGUGGCUUUCUAGUAUGAGUGGCCGUUCAUUUGCUUGCUCAGUUCUUAGUGAUACAUCUUCUGUUAGGAACAGCCAAAGGGAGUCCAAGGCCAAUUCUUGGUAACAGCUCUCUUCCCCCUUUGCUACCUGACUGAGAAUGAGGAUUCCCAUAGCCCUUUGCAACUGAACUCAACCUAUGAGAUGACUGUGCUUUGAAACGACUUGUUGAGGCCCAGGCCUGGAGAGUAGCCAUUUCACUUCUGAUAAGCACUUUGUGAUGGCUCCAAGAAAAAGCCUCAGGAAAGAAUUGAUAGUGGCUCUUUUAACCUAUGACAUUGAGAAAGCUAGCUCAAGGGUUCCUUAGCAUCCUCUUGUAUUCCUAUAGUCAUGUGUCACUUUAUUAAGGUGAUGCCUUUAUCAUUUUGUUCUGUUGCAUGGCUGUAGCAUUAUAUUUAGUGAUUGUCUAUUCAUUUCACCUAUAGGAAUACAAGACACACACAGGGAAGCAAGACCCCCUGAUUGUCAAGAUCAUGUCAACUUGCUGACAUCUCUACUGUUGUAUUUCUAGAGCACUACAUACAGAUCAUGGGUUCUGGCUAAUUCUUGCUUCCCAAGGCCCUGUGGGAAGUCAGCAAGUCGAUUUCAAUUAAGUCACCCCCACACAGAUCAGUCUCUCUGUAUGAGGGACAAGCUUGAGUUUUUUGUUUUAAUUUUUAUUUAUGGAAGCAAGCCCUCUGCCCCCAGGACUUUCAGUGAAAACAGCUUUCAGAACCUGUCUUGGUGGGGUCUCCUAUUUAUCAGCAGAGGGCGCUGUACUUGGAUCUUCCUGGUGUGAGCUCCACUGAAUUUUAACAUGUAAGGCCCGGUCAGGAAAAAGGGGAGUUUCAGUGAGCCGGCUUCCUCCUGGUGUUUGAAUUUUUUUUUUUUUUUUUUAGCCCUGGGGCAUGGGGCUAAAUAGUAACACUGCAUGAUGAUUGUGGCUGCUCCAGAGGAAAGAAAGCAAGGGAGAAACUGGAUAAAUCUGUAAAGCAAGGUCAGCCUUGCUCAGAGUGGCAUGGCCACAGGCUUCAGCUCCCAGGAUGCAUCUCCCAGGCCCUCCACCCUGCAGUGCACAGCGGGCUGUUCUAGGGUCCACAGGGUAGUCUGCCCUUCUUGCUUUCUGAGUGGCCCUCAUUGGAAGAACAGCAGUGGAUAGCUGUGUUCCUAUAGUUGGCCCAGCAUGCUCCUGGCAGGGAAGGAGGGAAGGAGAGAAGUGACAGGAGCGCUGGACUCAGGCUGUGGGGGCUGGUGAGACUGCACAUGCCCUUGGGAAGAAAUCAGCCCCUCCCCCGCCCCACCCCCCAUCUCCUGUUCUAAAACUUCAUAAGCCAGGAGGAGACCAGCAUUGGGGCCUUUGCUUCUUUAAUGCAAUUGUGGGUUAUUUCCUUUUUUUAAGCUAAGAAGUAAGUUUGAUUUCCUUCCCUGACUUCAUAGUCUUUAAUUCGAACCCCAUUGAGAGGUGACAUGUUUGCCAACACCCCUGGAGAGCUACUAGGCUUCUCUUGGUAUGUCCUGUUUGGAAAAGCAAGUUUGAUUAAUUUCUGGUUGCCCAGUUAAAUUUCUACCAAAGGACUGGGAAACUGGGAGGGCCAAGAAAAAAAAUUAUUAUUUUUUUUCCAUUUAUAUGAGCAUCUAAAUUUGGGGGCAAUUUUAUGUAUCUGCAUUAAGAAUAUGUUUAAGAACAUAAUUCUUUUAUUGUUUGUUUAAGAAGCACCUUAUAUAGUAUGAUAUAUAUUUUUUUGAAAUUGCAUUGCUUGUUUAUCAGACAAUUGAAUGUAAUGAUUCUGUUCUGGAUUUAAUUUGACUGGGUUAACAUGCAAAAACCAAGGAAAAAUAUUUAGCUUUUUUGUAUACUUUUCAAGUUACCUUGUCAUGUAUGCAGUUAUUGAUGCCUGAAACCUGGUGAUUAUUCAUUUAAAUGAAGAUCACAUUUCAUAUCAACUUUUGUAUCCACAGUAGACAAAAUAGCACUAAUGCACAUGCCUAUUGUUGGAUAUUGAAUGAUAAGACAAUCUUAUGUAGCAGAGAUUAUGCCUGAAAAGGAAAAUUAUUCAGGGCAGCUAAUUUUGCUUUUACCAAAAUAUCAGUAGUAAUAUUUUUGGACAGUAGCUAAUGGGUCAGUGGGUUCUUUUUAAUGUUUAUACUGAGAUUUUCUUUUAAAAAAAAUAAAAAAAAAAACAAAAAACAAAAAAAAACCUCUAGGACUAUAGAUGAUGUAAUACCAGCUAAAUCCAAACAAUAAUACAGUGGAGGGUUUUACAUUAUUCAUCUACUGUGUUUGUAUUCAUGUCAAGAUACUACUACAUUUGAAACGGGCCAAGAACAUUAGAUGGUUGAAAUGUUAGCCCGGGAGUUUCAACAAUUUUGGAAAUCUCUUUUUAUCCUUAUUUGAAGUGUCAAUAAUGAGCUGCUGACAUUUUCCAGCUGAUGUUGCUGUAGAGUAUAGGGUAGAUUUUGAAUAAUUUUUCCUGUCCUUUCCCCCCACUUUGAGCCAAUUUAAAGUUUGAAAGACAUGAUCUACCUGGAGGAUACAGAUAGGAUGGGAAAGUGGGUUUGGGAGAUUGAUGUAUGGGAAAAAGGGGAAUAAGAAUAUUGAAAGUAUUCUGGCACCAAGUUUCAGUAUUCUACUUGUGCACUGUAAUCCAAAAAUAACUAGCUCCAUUGACAGCCAUUUCCAAAAUGGCAGCUUGAGUUCUGGAGAAGUAAGUGGCAUCAGCAGUGACGUCCAAAGAAUAGUUAGGGGUCUGAGUUUCUUUUACCCACUGCCUAGCUUGCUGUAAUGAUGCUGUAAUGCUAUCAUGCAGAAAUAAGGAGACUAGGUAUUCCAAAGAGAAGACCCUAUUGAUGGAGAUUGUGAGAUUCAGCCCAUAAGGCAGUGCAAUCUUCGAUGGAUUUCCCUAGUAGUCUUGCAAAUAUGCUUAACUAUGCCAUGUCUUAUGCCUUUUGGAGGCUGAAUAAAUAAGUGACUUACUGAUAAUUUACUCUUAAUCACAUUGAGGUGUUCUGUAUUUAAAAUUUUACUCAUUGAAAUGGCCCUUGAUUUAGGCCAUUGGUUUAGAAGACUUCUAUCGCUACAUGAAACCAAUUAUGAAUCCUUUCCUAUUAAUACUUUGCAACUCUGAGAUGGACUGUGGAUACUGGGAAUGAUCACUAGGACCAUAGUAAUGACUAUAUAUUUACAGGAAGAUCUGCUUGGGGAAACUAGUUCUUUGAUAGGCAAAUAGAGUUACAGAGUAGCUCAUAAGGCAACCAUGAUUCUCUUCCAUGCAAGUCUUGGGAGGUUGAUCCAGAUAACACUGCACACUCCCUAGAUUAAAUCCCCAGAAAAUUUACUUACACUUAACUGGAGCAAAUGAAUUUAACUGUGGUCCCAAAUAUCCAUCUUUUCAUUAGUGUGAUUAUGCUCUGUUUCUAGCUGCAUUUCUUUUCCAUUUAAAUUAAGGUGUGGUCUUUUAUUUAAGUCAUUUAAAAUUACUUUCUAAUAAUUGCUGCCUCUAUUAUGGCACUUCAAUUUUGCACUGUCUUUUAGAGACUCAAGAAACAUUUCUAUUCUUUCCUUUUUUUUUUGCAUCCAAAUGUGCCUGAACUUUUUAAAUAUGUAAAUGCUGCCAUGUCCCAACCAAACCCAUCUUUAGUGUGUUUUUAUGAGCUGUGCACCCUGGAAAUAACAUUUAGUCCCAUGAACAGGUGCCUAAGACAUGGACCCCUUUGUGUUCACAGAGAGGUCAUUGGUCAUAGAGACUUGAAUUAAUAAGUGACAUUAAGCCAGUUUUUGUUCUCUCACAGAUAUAAACAAUGCUUUUGGUGCACCACAUAUUCUUCAGUGUAGAGCUCUUGUUUUAUGGGAAAAGGCUCAAAUGCCCAAUUGUGUUUGAUGGAGUGAUAUGCGCUCAUGCUGAUGCGUACCAUUAUUGAUGUGAUUCCAUUUUGUCGCAGCUUUGCUUUGUUUAAUGAAACACACUUGUAAACCUCUUUUGCACCUUGAAAAAGUAAAGAAUCCAGCAGGAUGCUUUAGCACCUGUAAAACAUUUUCUCAACCUAUUUGAUGUUCAAAUAAAGGAUGAAAUGAAA